UAAAAGGUUGUAGCUUUUUUGAAGGCAAAUCUAAAGGGACUACUUAUUAAGACAACAAUUUUCGUGGGGUUUUCGUCUCGUCAAGUGAGAAAAAGUUUCUGAAAAAGUCCAAUAGCCGCCUCUUCGUUCUCUUUCUCCCCCACCUAAUUCCCAAAACCCCUAAACCCAGCGCAAUCAUUUUCUUCCUCUUCACAAUUUUCCUCACUUUCCCGAGAAAAUUCUAACCCCCUCUUCAUGGCCGCUCGCCUUUCCCUCCGCCUCAGAUCCCAACUCCUUCGCUCCACCACCACCACCCUUCUUCUCUCUCCCAUCAAAUCCCAACCGUCCAUCCCCAACGAACUUUCUCUAUCCACCCUCCGAUUCCUCUCCACGGCCCGGAGACACCCGUCCCGACCCAAGACCGUAGACAUCGGCGCCCGGGCCCGGCAGCUCCAGACCCGGCGCCUGUGGACCUACGCGCUCACCUUCAGCUGCAUCGCCGGCUUCGUCGUCAUCGUCCUCAAUGGAUUCCAGGACCAGCUCGUCUUUUAUGUCACCCCCACCGACGCGCUUGAAAAGUACGCCGCGAACCCGUCCAAGACCAAGUUCCGAUUGGGUGGUCUAGUCCUCGAGGGCAGCGUGGUUCAGCCGGCCUCGUCGCCCGAGAUGGAGUUCGUGGUCUCCGACCUGAUCACCGACAUUCUGGUGAAGUACCAGGGCUCGUUGCCUGACCUGUUCCGGGAGGGACAUUCCGUGGUGGUGGAGGGGUUCGUGAAGCCCUUCACGGAGGAAGCUCGGCGGGAGGUCUCGGCCAAGAGCGUCUCCAGGAAGGCGAGGAGCGGCGAGUGCUACUUCUCGGCCACGGAGGUGCUGGCCAAGCACGACGAGAAGUACAUGCCCCAGGAGGUUGCCGCGCAGAUCGAGAAGAACAAGAAGAAGAUCGAGGGGGCGGCGCAGGAGGGAGUGAAAGGGUCUUAGGGAGAGUAAUGGGUUGGUGUAACCACUGUCCUAAGAAAGUUCGUUGCGAAUCAAUGAAGAAGAUCAGAUCUUGCCUGUGCUGAGCUUGUCAUUCAUAUCUCUCAUAUAACACCUCUGUCCCGACUAGCCUUUCUUCUCAUUCAUAUAUCUCGUCAUUUCGGUCGUAUUCUUC